GAGGUGCCGAAAGCAAAGGAGGGGACCCGCGGCGGCAGCUCGCCAGGAGGAAAAGGAAAUUAGACAGUCAGAGCCUCUGCCAUAGGAGGCUCUCCCCUCAGUGCACUGCCUGCCGCCUAGUCCGGAGCUCAUCCAAGGAGCUCCACUGUUUCCUGUGCCGGAGCUCCCGUUGCGGCGGCGCCCGUGGCAGCCCUGGCGGACGCAGGAGCGAUGGCAGCAACCGACAUAGCUCGCCAGGUGGGUGAAGGUUGCCGAACUGUCCCCCUGGCUGGACAUGUGGGGUUUGACAGCUUGCCUGACCAGCUGGUGAAUAAGUCAGUCAGCCAGGGCUUCUGCUUUAACAUCCUGUGUGUGGGAGAGACAGGUUUGGGCAAGUCCACCCUCAUGGACACCCUGUUCAACACCAAGUUCGAGGGGGAGCCAGCCACCCACACACAGCCAGGUGUCCAGCUUCGGUCUAAUACCUAUGACCUUCAUGAGAGCAAUGUGGGGCUAAAGCUCACAAUCGUAAGCACAGUGGGCUUUGGGGACCAGAUCAACAAGGAGGACAGCUACAAGCCCAUCGUGGAAUUCAUCGAUGCCCAGUUCGAAGCCUACCUGCAGGAGGAACUGAAGAUACGCAGGGUACUGCACACCUACCACGACUCUCGCAUCCACGCUUGCUUGUACUUCAUCGCCCCUACAGGUCAUUCCCUGAAGUCUCUGGACCUAGUGACAAUGAAGAAGCUGGAUAGUAAGGUGAACAUAAUCCCCAUCAUUGCCAAGUCGGAUGCCAUUUCUAAGAGUGAGCUAACAAAGUUCAAAAUCAAAAUAACCAGUGAGCUUGUCAGCAACGGGGUCCAGAUCUACCAGUUUCCUACAGAUGACGAGUCGGUGGCAGAGAUCAAUGGAACUAUGAACGCCCACCUGCCUUUUGCUGUCAUUGGCAGCACAGAAGAACUGAAGAUAGGCAACAAGAUGAUGAAGGCUCGGCAGUAUCCUUGGGGCACCGUGCAGGUUGAAAACGAGGCCCACUGUGACUUUGUGAAGCUGCGGGAGAUGCUAAUUCGGGUCAACAUGGAGGACCUCCGGGAGCAGACCCACAGCCGGCACUAUGAGCUGUACCGCCGCUGCAAGCUGGAGGAGAUGGGCUUCAAGGACACUGAUCCCGACAGCAAACCCUUCAGUUUACAGGAGACAUAUGAGGCCAAAAGGAAUGAGUUCCUAGGAGAGCUCCAGAAAAAGGAAGAGGAGAUGAGACAGAUGUUUGUCCAGAGAGUCAAAGAGAAAGAAGCUGAACUCAAAGAGGCAGAGAAAGAGCUGCAUGAGAAGUUUGACCGUCUGAAGAAACUACACCAGGACGAGAAGAAGAAGCUGGAGGAUAAGAAGAAAUCCCUGGAUGAUGAAGUGAAUGCUUUCAAACAGAGAAAGACGGCAGCCGAGCUGCUCCAGUCCCAGGGCUCCCAGGCUGGAGGCUCACAGACUCUGAAAAGGGACAAAGAGAAGAAAAAUAAUCCAUGGCUGUGUACUGAAUAGUAUCCCCCGCUACAGCUGGACUGGACUCCAUUUAGCCUUUUAAACCAAGGUUCUUAUUCUAACUGACAGCUUUCCUGCAGGGUGCCAGGAAGCUGGGUCCCUGCUCCUGCCAUGUACUUCCACUUCAACGCACCCCCUUCUUUUGAGUUCUGCUUCCCAGUCUCACUGGCACUGACCAUGAACAACAACUUUUGAAUUUUUGAAGGGGUUUUUUUUUUUUUGGUUAAUUUCUUUCAAAACACCGUCUAUCAAGGCUAUGCCAAAUAUUCAGGCUUUUUGAAGUGUUGCAAAUGGGAAGAGUUUCUCUCUUUAGUAAUAGAUAAUAAUCAUAGGAAGUGAAAGGUAGAGAAAAUGAACAUCAAACACAUGCACACUCUUGAUCUUUUCUUGUUGGUAAAGCAAGAGUGCAGUUAUGAUACGUUAUUGUUUGGUGAGUCGCUGUCUUGUCAGUGGCCACAGGCAAGUAUGAAGGGCCUGCUGUCAAAGCUUAAGCUAACUUCUUGAAAAACCCAAGUCUCAGUGGAACAUUUUAGCAGACCCCUAUGCCUUGCAGGGUUUUUUUUGUUUGUUUGUUUUAAAAGACGAAUUUAGACACUCCUCCAGUAGCUCAGAGAAAUGCUAAAUUAGGGCUGUCCAGCCUUCUGGGGAAGGGCAUCUUGUUUGAAGCUUUGAUGUUUCCAGGUCCAGUUUCACAGCUGCUUCCCCCAAAACCCAAACUCAAAACAACCAAUUGGUCUUCUUCCUCCAGGGUAAUUAUUUGCAUCACAAACAGGCCCCCCUCAUUUACAUUUGUUUACGGAUUAAGUACUUGAGGCUUGAGGAGCUCUGAAAACUUCAAAAUUUUUAGAGCCACUCAGCCUUUGAGAGACCUUUAGAGACUAGGCAGGAAUUUUGUAUUAAGGAAGAAAUUUGGGUUCGCAAGACAGAGAUGAUCCACUUUUUUUCGUAAAAGAAAAUCGAAGCCCAGAGAAAUGAAGGGACUUGCCAGAGGUUCCAGGGCUGUUUUGUGGCAGAAGCCAAGCCAAACUCAGUGUCUCCUGACUCCCCAUCCACCUCAUUAAGGGAUUCAGUCUGUUCAUUCCUGUGUGUUCCUGGAGACAAGGUCUUCUGAUGCUCAGAGAACCUGAAGAGUUAGUAUUAGAGGCCUCUUACAUUUUUUCCCAUAGAAAAAUAUCCAAGGAUGAGUGGGUAGGGGCCGGCAAAGCAGAAGACUUCAGACCAGCUCCUGAACUGAGUGCUUCUGCUGACAGUAGAGGUCACCAACAACCGUGAGCUAGUCAGCUUUCCUAGAAGUCUGGAAUGGGGCCCAGGCACACUUUUGUUUAACAAGUGCCCUAGAUGAUCCUUAUAAUCAAGAAAGUUUGGAAAACGAAAAUCUAACCUGUGAGUGAGCACAAGGCCUUUAGGAAGUUGAUCCACACUAUGGAAAAGAAUUAAAAUUGUUAUUUUAUUGAGCAGUUUUCUUUCUUUUGUAUUUUAUUACAUCUAUUAUUGGGGUGACAUUGGUUAGUGGUAGUUUUCUCGCUGUAGAGAGAAAGAUUCCCCCCCUUUGGUGAAAAGGCUUUCUAAUGAGUACAGUUGUUGCUAUUUUUUUUUAAAUACCCUAACUACUCUGUUUACUUCUGGUGAAACAAAACCAGUCAUUAGAAAUGGUCUGUGCUUUUAUUUUUUCAGACUGGAAUGGAACAGCUUUCCUGAAAAAUCCUCACGUGUACUCACACACACACACACACACACACACGCACCUAGUUUCUCUUAAGCCAAGAAGUUUGCUUUUCCUAGCUGCAGUGCAGACCACUUUUGUUUUUGUUUCUUCUUUUAAUCAUCUGGCAUUCCCAUGUAGCUGUUAAUAUGUGCUUGUUUUUAAUUAAAACAAGAAGCUUCAAA